CGUGAAAAGUAAAUAGAGGUUUGCUACAUGGAUUUAAUUAUUUUUUCAUUAGCAUUCAAACAUAAACAAGAAUAUCUUAAUUAUCCUAAUUACAUGAUACUACUGCUAAAGCCUUAAAAAUGACUCAUGUAACCUGAAUAUUGUGAAUGGUUGUAUAUUUAUAAACUUUAGUGAUUCUUAAAUAUUUAACCUCUUUAUAGACUAAAUCUACGGAAUGCAAAAAUGACUGGUAAGAUCUGUAUUUGUAGAAUUUACAUUUUACAACUGUGUUCAGAUAAGAUAAAAUGUCCAAAGUCGUCUGUAGCAUAAACAAACGCAAAAUUCAAUUUAUUCAUCAGCUGUGCUUAGGGUGCGCCCUCUACUUGCAUUAAUUUACAAUAAAAUGACAAAACUAAUUGAAGUCAAAAAGGAAAGUGAUUUUAAAUAUGAGUUCUCAAGUGAGCACAGUAGUUUGUUGUUUCGUUUGUGGCGCCACAUCCAAUCUUCAAAGAUGCUCUAAAUGUAGAGGAAUCUAUUACUGCAGUAAAGAUCAUCAGAAGAAAGAUUGGAAAAGACAUAAACAGAGUUGUAAGGAAACUGAAGCAACAAACUGUAAUGCCAGCUCAUUUGAGCAAAAGUUUGGACGUUCCUAUAAUAAUCAAUUGGAUCCUGCCACUUUUACUUCAGAGGGUAGUUCCGAGAGUGAGAUUUUAAGUGCAGCUGGGGAGUUGUUAGGAGGAACAUUGAGUCCUGUCCUGAAUAAUAAUAUUGAGGAAGUGGUAUCUAAAGGUAAGAAAAAGGCCCUGGAGGUAGUCCAAUCAUCAGUUCCUAUAAGUCUUAACAUGGUCCAGCCAAAAACCAAAAACUCAAAAUACUUCCCUGCAGUCACCCUUAUCGCUCCCAUUGACCACCAUAUAAAGGACGAGAAAAUUGAGUCAAUGUGUCAAAACAUUAUUGAGGAUUUGUCUACUUAUGGAGUAUGUGUUCUAGAUAAAUUUUUAGGUGAUGAGGAAGGCAGCCAAAUUUUGGCAGAGGUAUUAAAUAUUAAAGAAAAAGGAGCACUUAGAGAUGGUCAGUUGGUGUCAACCAAAGGUAAAGGAAAAGAGGAGUUAAAAACAAUUAGAAGUGAUCAAAUUUGUUGGGUGCAUGGGAAGGAAAAAGAGUGUGAACAUAUUGGAUAUUUAAUUGGAAGGGUGGAUGCAUUAAUUACUAGGGCAAAUAGAAUGGUAAACAAUGGAAAAUUAGGACAAUAUAAUAUAACUGGAAGGACGAAAGCAAUGGUGGCUUGUUAUCCUGGGUCUGGCACUCAUUACGUGAAACACGUCGAUAAUCCAAAUAGGGAUGGACGGUGCAUUACAGCUAUUUACUAUCUCAAUAUGGAUUGGAAUGUGGAACGAUCUGGAGGUUUACUGAGGAUAUUUCCUGAAGGCUUUCCUAUAGUUGCAAAUAUUGAACCAUUUUUCGACCGUUUGAUAUUUUUCUGGUCAGACAGGCGAAAUCCUCAUGAAGUUCAACCUGCAAAAGAUACAAGAUAUGCCAUCACACUUUGGUAUUUUGAUGCUGCUGAACGGGAGCAGGCUUUAAGGCGAUAUCAAAAAGAACGUUUAGCAGUGGCAAAAUCAAACUCCACUUGACUAGCAGGGACUCAACGUUAUAGGAAAUAAUUUGACGUUUGCCGCGAAACCCCUUAUAUUGUAUAUAAAUAAUAUCGACUUAUGGUGUAAGAUGUGUGAUAUUUAGAAAAGUCUAUGUACAAAAAGAGUAUAGGAACGUCAAAGGCAAAGUAUUUUUGAUAUAUUGGUUCACAUUCUAAAAAUAAAUAGCGAACUUGUUUGUAAGAUAAGUUAAAACCUGUAUUGAUAAGGUAAAAGGAAUCUGUAUUACGUAAGUGUAGAUAUCUGAUAACUUUUUGAUGUAAGACGUAUUUAAUUAACAAAAAAAAACAAUUAACAGUUAUUUUUUGUCUGGUGUGAUGUUUCCAUUUAAAUUAAAUUUCUUAAGAGUUUAGCCUAAUAUCAGAAACAAGAUCAUGCGCUAUUGUAAUUUUACUUUCAGAGAUAUUGAAAAAAUGCUAAUAAAUUCAUACACAGAA